CAAGAGAUUCUCGGCCGGCACUAUUUUCUUUAGAAUUAUUUAUCAAGUGUCUUCCAUUGUAUUUCUUUUCUUACACUGUAUAGAUGAAUAGACAGAUGCAUCCAUAUUCCUUACUCGGGCAGUACACAGCCACUCCUAGCUAGCUACAGCAGUCACCUGGUUGCCUUUCCUGCCACCCAUCCAUGCAGCUUCAGUUUCGUCAUAGAAUUUUUCGCCUAGCUCUUCUAUCUUGAAUUCAAUCAUACAUCUAAAUUCCAUUUGAUAAUUUCUAGGGGGAAAGUACAUAAAAAGUUCUGAACGACUGAACUUGGCCAGUAAAUGGUCAGUUUUUUUUUUACAGUUAAUGAUGAUGAUGUGGUCAAGCAAGUGAAGCCCAACCCUCGGAUUCACGUGCCCUGGUGACUGGUGAGUAACAGAAUACAUUUGAUAAAGAAAGAAAAAAAUUAGGAAAAAAGAUCAGAUAAGGAAGAAUGAUAAUAUAUAUAGAAUUAGAGAUAGAAGAGGAAACCAACAGGCAAGGUACAAUCAUUAUAAGGAUUCCUUUUUCUCUCUUUCUCUGGCUGCUUGCUACUUUUUCGGCUUCUUUUCCAUAAUUACCAGAAGAUAUACUCUUUCAUUUCACAUGGCUUAUCUCAUUUUUUCGUUUUGAAAGUUAUCUCGCUUCACCAUUUUCACUAUUUAAAUAUAUGUGCACAUAAGCAGGUGAAUGAAACCCACAUUUAUUGUUCAUUGGUAGGUGGGUUUCUUAAGGACUGUGUCAAGGAUCAAGUUGGGAGAAAGAGAGAUGGGUAGGUCUUGGUUUGGUGGAGGGGCUCUGAAUCCUUUCAUUCUCGCUGCUGCUGUGUUUUUGGUGGUGCUUUUGAGCAAUGUGGAAGCCUACCCGGUUGAGGAUCUGGUUGUGAACUUGCCCGGCCAGCCUAAAGUUGGGUUCAGGCAAUUUGCUGGUUAUAUUGAUAUUGACGUCAAGACUGGGAAGAGCCUGUUCUAUUACUUUGUUGAGGCCGAUUCCACUCCUCUAAGCAAGCCACUAAGUCUCUGGCUCAAUGGAGGACCAGGAUGCUCCUCAAUUGGCGGAGGUGCGUUCACAGAAUUGGGUCCCUUUUAUCCAAGGGGUGAUGCCCGCAGCCUUAGAAUAAACAGAAUGUCAUGGAACAGAGCAUCAAAUCUACUCUUUGUUGAAUCCCCUGCGGGAGUAGGAUGGUCUUACUCAAACACCAGUUCUGAUUACAAGACAGGAGAUGCUGCCACUGCAAUGGAUAUGCGCAUAUUCUUGUUGAAUUGGUUGGCAAAGUUCCCAGAGUACAAGUCCUUGCCAUUUUUUCUAACGGGAGAAAGCUAUGCAGGACAUUAUAUCCCUCAAUUGGCUGACCUCCUUCUUGAACAUAAUGCACACUCCAAGGGAUUCAAGUUCAACCUCAAGGGAGUUGCAAUUGGGAACCCACUCCUGAACCUGGACCAGGACGCAGGGUCUCCAUACGAGUUCCUCUGGUCUCAUGGCAUGAUGUCUGACGAGCUUCACCAGACAAUCACCAAGGAAUGCGACUUCGACGACUACACUUUCGAGAAUCCCCACAAUGAAUCAGAUAGCUGCAACGAUGCCUUGUCGACGGCGAUGGACAUCGUCGGCAACUACGUGAACAACUAUGAUGUUCUCCUCGAUGUCUGCUACCCAUCCAUAUUCGAGCAAGAACUGAGACUCAAGAAACUGGCAACCAAGAUUAGCCUCGGGAUUGACGUGUGCAUGUCCAGCGAAAGGAAAAUGUACUUCAACCUUCCUGAAGUGCAGAAGGCUCUCCAUGCUAACAGAACCGGCCUUCCGUACCCAUGGUCCAUGUGCAGCUCGGAAUUAGAGUACCAAGAUACUGAUGGUAACAUCGACAUUCUCCCAGUACUCAAAAAGAUCAUUCAAAACGGUAUCCCGGUCUGGAUUUUCAGUGGGGAUCAAGAUUCUGUUGUCCCGUUGAUGGGCUCGCGAACCCUGGUUCGCCAGCUGGCUGAUGAUCUCAAGUUCAAGGUUACAGUUCCAUACUCUACUUGGUUCCACAAAAACCAGCAGGUUGCGGGUUGGGUGACCGAAUACGGGAAUAUGCUGACAUUUGCGACGGUGAGGGGAGCAGCGCAUAUGGUUCCAUAUGCACAGCCAUCAAGAGCUCUGCAUCUCUUCAGCGCCUUCCUUCGCGGGAAAAGGCUCCCUGAUCAUCCCAAAAUCUCCGAGUAAGGAAAGCCCAGGCCCAGAAAUUGGAGGGCUGAAGGGGGCCAAGAUAAACUGCAAGGCCCAAAUUCUUGAAAGGAAAGUAGGAAGGAGGAAAAGAGCAGCAAUAAUAAAAGUAGUUAGGUGGUCGGUCUAGAUUUUCUUUAAAGAGAAAAAAAAGGAAAUUUGGUUUUUUUUUUAGAAAGAUAGGAAGGUAUUAGUGAGAGCUAAUGGGGAGUUUAUGGUUUGAUUGAUGAUGAGGCAAUUGGAAAGGGGGAAGAGCAUUACAUUGUUGUUCGCUCGUUUUCUUUU